CCCAUUUUCCAUUAUCUAUCAUAGACCAUUUUUACAACAUAAAAUAUAAACACAUACGAUCCAAAAGCGAAGUCAAGCAUAAAGAAAAAGAAUGAAGAAGGCGGCAGAAUUCGUGAAGGAUAUAAUAAACAUGUUGGCUGGUCUAGCGAAGGACACGACGAAGGAGCUAAAGAGGAAGACAAGAGCCUUCAAGACCCGUCUUGUAAUAUUCUCUCUACUCCACAACAAUAACAUGGUGGUUAGCUCGUGGUCUCACAAGCUCAAGGCUAAACCAACAUCAAGAAAUCUAGAUGAUGGUAGUAAGGAUAAGAAGAACAUGGUGGUGGUGUAUAGUCACAACCCCAUGUCUAGCACUCCUGCUGCCUCUCCGCAAUAUGUACAAUAUGUGGACGAGGAUGAUGAAGAUGAGAAGUAUCCAGACCUGAGACACUCGCUGUUUGAGGCAGAGGGUUCGGUGAUAGACAUGGUGAAACACUCCAAGGAAAACAAGGGAGAAGAGUUUCGGUUGGAAGAUGAGAUUGACAACGUUGCUGAUCUUUUCAUUACACGGUUCCACCGGCAGAUGUGGUUGCAGAAGCAGCUUUCUCUCGAGAAUAUUCAAGAUACAUCGUCCUGAUUCCAAUCUUGUGAUAUUCAAAAAAAAAAACGCCCCUUCUCUUUUUUUUAGGGGGUGAAGGACGUCACGAUCCUGUUAGAUUGUUUAGCAUAGUGAAACGAAUACGGGACGUAUACUAUACAUGUAUGUUUGUUUGUCAACGUCCCCUCUUUGGUCCUGUUUCUUUGGCCAAUAAAUAAAGUUUUUCUUGUUGUCGUUGUUA